UAAAACCGUUGGCAGUGCGAAAUGGCCGCGAAUGCCCAUUCUUGAAGAAUACCAAACCUCAGCCUACAUUUCUCUCUCUAUCUCUCUCAGAUUGGAAGGGUGAGAAACAAUCCCUUUCCUUCAUCCCAAAAAACUUCCCGACACUCCCUUCUCUCAUCUUCCUCCUCUCUCUCUCUCAAUAUAGUCAAUCCUCCAUUUUUGCUUCCCAAGCAAAGCAUCCUUAAUUCCUCUACUCUUUCUCACCAUGUCUCACCCAAUAAAACCCCACCACCCACAUACCCUCACAUCACACUACAUACCCACCAAAGCUCUUGUCUUCAAAUUCAUCUCUCUCCUUUUUUUUUUCGCAUCUUUCUACCUUUGUGUCUCUAUGGCCUCUGAACAACAAGUUAUAGUGAAAAGCCCGGUGACCCUUUGCAAGUACUCGAAGAGGGUGAGUUUGAAAACCAUAGUGGGAAGCAGCGAUGGCGGGUUGGAAUUGGCAGGUAAGAGAGUGGUGAUUGGUGGGUGGGUUAAGUCCUCGAACGAGGCGGCGCUGCCAGCGCAGGAGGUGGGCGGUGGUGGUGCGGCGGCGGUGGUGACGGUGGGGAGUAAAGAUGUGGGGUGUGUGGAAAUCCUUCCCUUUUUUCGAUCAUUGAUGAAGGUGUUGGGGGGAAGCCAGCAGCAGCAGCACCCAAGUCGCGGAAAGUUGGAUUCAGGGGUUCCAAAGAUGCCACCAACAGCUGUCUUGCAAGUUAGUGAUGGUUCUUGUGUUGCAACUCUUCAGGUUCGGGUGGACUCGUCUAUUCGGCGACCAAGCGAAAUCAAGCCUACUGGAACUUGUAUAGUAGUAAAAGGAACAUUGCAGCAGCCUGCAGUAAAGGAAAAUAAACAUGCCAUUGAGCUCAAAGUAGAGAAAGUCAUUCAUGUUGGGCCAGUAGAUCAAGACAAGUACCCUUUAUCAAAGAAGCGAUUACCACUCGAAUUUUUAAGAGAUUUUCCGCACUUCAGACCUCGGACUACUACGGUGGCCUGUGUUACACGAAUUCGCAAUGCCUUCACGCAAGCAGCUCACACCUUCUUCAUGAACAACGGGUUCCUUUAUGUGCAAUUGCCCAUUAUAACAACCACAGAUUGUGACGGGCUUAGUGAGAAGUUCCAAGUUACAACUCUCCUUCGCAAAGAACUUAAAAAGGAGGUAAUUAGCACAGGCGAUUCUGCACGUGUCAGUCUUGAAACAGUCAAGGCUUCGAUUGAGGACAAAAAAAAACUAGUUGAAGAACUGAAGAUCAAAAGCGAAAGCAACAAGGAAAAACUAAUUUCUGCACUUCAGGACCUGUGCAAGGCAUAUGAGCUAGCAGCUCAAUUGGAGGCAAGAGAAGAGGCUAAUAAGUCUGGAACUCUACUUAUAACUGAAAGGGUGGACUUCUCUGACGAUUUCUUUUCGCACCAGACUUAUCUAACUGUUUCUGGUCGCCUUCAUCUCGAGAGCUAUGCAUGUGCCCUAGGAAAUGUGUACUCAUUUGGGCCAAGAUUUCGAGCAGAAAAACCAGACUCCAAAAAACAAGUGGCGGAGAUGUGGAUGAUUGAACUUGAAAUGGCUUUCUCGCAAUUAGAGGAUGCUAUGAAAUGUGCAGAAGACUUUCUAAAGUUUGUCUGUGAAUGGGCAAUCGAAAAGUGUUCCGAAGAUCUGAAAUUUCUGUCAAAACGAGCUGACCAAACCAUUAUUGAUCGUCUUCAAUCAAUGGUAUCAAGUUCAUUCGAAAGUGUCACCUAUGCAGAAGCAGUAGAUGUUUUAAAACAAGUCAAAGAUAAGAAAUUCGAAAAACAAAUUGAGUGGGGUGCGCCUUUAAGUGAAGAACAUGAAAGUUAUCUGGCAGACGAAAUCUAUAAAAGUCCGGUUAUUAUACACAACUAUCUUAAAGAACUUAAGCCAUUCCAUGUACGCCUCAACGAUGAUGGAAGAACCGUUGCUGCAUUUGAUGUAGUUGUACCAAAGGCCGGAACAUUGAUCAGUGGCAGCCAAAAUGAGGAACGCUUCAGUGUACUAAAUACAAGGAUUAAGGAACAAAGCCUACCAAAGGAGCAGUAUGAAUGGUAUUUAGAUCUUCAUAGGCACGGGACCAUCACACACUCUGGCUUCAGUCUCAUGUUCGACCUCUUGGUUCUCUAUGCUACUGACCUUAUCGAUGUCAGAGACGUUAUCCCUUUCCCCAGAAGUCAUGGCAAAACCAACAACUAAAUAUAUGUUUGCUGCAAAUAAGUAUGUUAUGACUUGGAGAGAGGUUGGAGAUAUAUACAUACUAGUAAUAUAAAUUGCAGAAUCGGAGAUAGUAUUUGUGGCUCUGAAAUGUAAAUUUGAUUCAAGUGUAUACAUAAUAAAAUGCUCAAAAGAAGAAAAGUUCAAAUUGAAAUGAAAUUAUUUCAGAAGUUGUACAUACUUUAGACAUGUAAAACUCAUCUGGUAGUUAAUUGGUAAAUUAUUUCAAAUUGAUAUAA